ACAUCCGGGCCCCGGCGCUGGAGAGGCGCCGCGGCUGGUUGCUAAGGAGACGGGCUGCUCUUACCACUCUAAAGGAUUCGCGGUUUCACCCCGAGAGCUACUCCCUGGAUUAGGCGGAUUAGUCGGUACAUAUUGAUUUCAACCAGCGGAUCACGUUCUCUUCGCUGCUUUAACUGGAUGUAGUAAAAGGCCGCGUCCCCUGGAUGCUCGCUGGUCUUCUUACCAUCCGCUGCGGGGAAAGACUACGUUUGCCGAAAAAAUAAGGAAGAUACCGAGAAUGACCGAGUAUGACUGGGACAAGAAAAGUGCUUCAGCUUCAAAUUCAGACACAGAAAUGAAACCUGAACAACUUCCCCCUUGUGUGAACCCUGGAAAUCCUGUGUUUUCAUGUAUGUUGGACCCAAAGACACUCCAUACAGCUACCUCACUAUCAAAACCUAAGAUGAUUAUGUACAAAACGAGUUCAAGUAAUUAUGGUGAAUUUUUACCUAUGCCACAGUUUUUUCCCUGCAAUUAUAGUCCAAAGGAACAAGUAUUUUCAAGCCAUAUCAGAGCUACUGGGUUUUAUCAAAAUAAUACUCUAAACACUGCACCUGACAGAACCAGAACCCUUGAUUUUCCUAAUUUUCAACACACUCUAUGAAAAUAUAUUCCUGUGUAUAUUUAAAAGAAAAUAUACUCAGGAAAAGUAAGUUCUAAAUCUAAGGCUAGAAUACCAAAUUUGGACUAGAAAAGCAUUUGAAUUAGUUAAAACUUUUAAGAAAUAAAGCAUUUGAACUGAUAACUGAA